CGCAGCAUCAUUGGGUCCGAGCGAGCGAGAGACGACCGGCGUCAGUUGGCGCUAUCUUACUCAACCUCAUCAAUUGCUCUCGUAUCCCCUUUCGCCUUUCGUGCUUUCAUCUGCUCGUUAUCAGCUCUCUGCGCCUGCACUCGCGUCAAUUGGUUACGACUGCGGCCGAUCUCCGCAGCAUACACUCUCGCAGACACGUCAGUCGCGUCUCCUGUCCACGCUCCGACGCCUUCGCAGCAUCCCCUCUUUGAAGCAGGCAUGGCCCCAUCAUCCUCCUCGUCAUCCUCGCGCACGCCGCUCAACAUCCUCCUCGUCAACGAUGAUGGCUGCCCAGGUCCAGCCUCGCCGCAUAUCCUCUCCUUCUACCGUACUCUCGUAAACCGCGGACACCACGUCUCUGUCGUGCUGCCCUCUCAUCAGAAGAGCUGGGGCGCAAUGGCCUUCAGCGUAAAGGGGUCCAUCGGGCUCUGGUACUACUACCCGGAGCAGGAUGGGGAAGGAGCAGGGAAGUGGGAGACGGAGAGGCGUCCAGGAGGGGCGAAGGAGGAGUGGGUGCUGAUUGACGGGUCACCAACAACGUGCACCAGCAUCGGCCUCUUCAACCAGUCGCAGCUCUUCCCCGAUGCCGAGCAAAAGCCCUUUGAUCUCGUCCUCAGCGGUCCCAACCUCGGCCGCAACACGGGCGCCGCCUUCGCCAUGUCUUCUGGCACCCUCGGCGCAGCAAUGGCUGGUGCCCUCUCAAAGCACAAGGCCAUUGCGGUAUCGUACGCCCACUUCUCCGUCGUCCCCAAGGCAAUUCAAGACGCAAUAGAUGCCAAGGGCCUCUCGUCCGGGCCCAGCCAGCCGACGUCAGACGAGGGCGAAGAGACGGACCCUCCUCAACCGCCCGCCGCCUCCUCUCCCUCAGCAUGGAAGCACGUCGUGUCCGUCGCGCCCGUCGAACUGGUACAGAUCGCCCACAAUAUCAGCAUCGACCUCGUCGAGCGGUUGGUGCGCGGGUGGGAACCCUCUGUCGGUGUGUACAGUAUCAAUGUGCCAUUGGCAUGGACGUUGAAGGAUCCGCAGGUCUUCUGGACUGCCGUGUGGAAGAAUAGCUACCCAAAACUCUUCAAGCUGAUGGAGCCUCAGGAGUCGGGUCAAGGCCAAGCAGCAGCCACUCAUAUUCCCGCGUCGGCGCCUAAGCCCAAGACGAAUCUGGUCUUUGCGCCAGAGAUGUCGUCCAUGAUGGCCAGAGGAUCGGAGGAGAGCUUCGUAGGUACUGAUGCAUGGGCCAUCCAACACGGACACAUCUCCAUCAGCCGCCUUCAACCUGGCUUCGUCGAGGUACCACUACCAGCCAACCAUGACGGCCAGCGCUUCAAGAUGUAGCCUGGCAGCAGGGCGCACAGGUUGUCAUCCGCCUCGUCCGCCUGCUCGCCCGCCCGCUCGCCAUCGCCGCUGGCCAACGCUCAGCUCAUUUCGUCUGUCCGCCCGCCCGCCCGGCCAUGCCAUCCAUCAACCAAACUCGGGAGCGGCGAGAGGGACGCUGGGCAAAGCCAAUCUCACAAGGACAGUGUAUUUAGGGUCUGCCGACACCAAUAGCAAUGGCAUCACCGAGAGCGACGAGAGGACGUCGAGUUGCCCGUUAUUAAGUAGGAAUCAUCGUAGAGACGACUGGCUCAUCAACGGCGGACUGAUCCAACCUGAUUCGUAGAGUCGCUUCAGGUGUCGACUCGCAGGCGUCGG